AUGGCGACGAUGGGAUUCACCCAGAUCAACUUGCACCACAGCAGGGGCGCCUCGGCUGUUUUGGCCAGGAGUAUGGCUGUGGUGCACACAGGUAUUUGCCUAAUGCAGGAACCCUGGGUAUAUAGGGGCUGCAUUAGGGGCAUUGCGGUCUGUGGCAGACUUUUCAAGUCCCCCACAGAGUCCAGUCCCAGGGCCGCGAUUGCGGUCAAGGGACUAGAAGCGCAACUCAUGCCGGAAUUUUGUUCCAGAGACGUUGUAGCAGUUACGGUGGAUUUCCUCAGAUUUACCACGGGCGAGACCAGGAGGAUGGUGGUGAGCUCGGCGUACUUCUCACAUGAAGAGGAGGGCUCGCUUCCGCUAGGCCCUGUGGCUAGGCUGGUGGAUUACUGCCAAGAUAAGGGGCUGCCGCUUAUAGUGGGAGUUAUAUGGGGUGCGACGCUAAUGGGCACCACACUGUUUGGGCGAGCACCAAUCGGGGCAUGGAGCCCCGCGCAAGUGAGCCUCUCCCUUCUGGAGUACCUGGUAGCCACUGACCUGGAAAUCCUGAACAGGGGCAACGAACCAAUAUUUCAGAAUAUGCUUAGGCGUGAGGUACUUGACCUUACUCUAUGCUCGAGAAAUUUGGUUCCGGAGGUUGUCGGGUGGCAGGUAUCAUCGGAGCCCUCUUUCUCUGAUCAUAGGCAGAUCGUCUUCAGGCUUGCCAAUGUGAGGCCUGAAACAAUCUAUAGAAGAAAUCCGAGAAGGACGGAUUGGGACUCGUUUCGUGAAGAUCUCUCCAAUGGUCUUUGCGGCUUCCCUAAGAGGCACGAGACCGCUGCUGAGGUAGAGCUCUGCGUAGAUCAUCUACAAAGAGCUUUAGUGGGCAGCUUCGAAAAGAAUCGUCCAACGAGAGCAGUUCGCUCUAAUAAGAAGGUCUCUUGGUGGGGACCGGGACUGCAGAGGCUCAGGGAGGGGGCUCGGCGUGCCUGGAAUAGAGCCAAAAUCACGGGUCGCCCGCUCGACUGGGAUCUCUACCGGAGGGCCCAGAAGACCUAUAGGGACUCUGUAGUAGCCGCCAAGAAAGAGAGCUGGAGGAGAUUCUGUGAGUCGAUGGAGGAGGUUCCGGAAGCCUCUAAGUUUUGCAGAAUCCUGGCGAAAAACCCGGACUCAAACCUGCAGGCAAUACGCCUCCCGGAUGGGGACGUGGUUUCGGGAGAGCAAUGUCUGGCUCACCUUCUGGAGACCAAUUUUCCGGGCUUCAGGAGGGGGCUUGAUGUCGACUCAGACAGGGGGACUGCGGAGCCCAGAUUAAGGGCACUCCGCUGGACCGGAUGGGAUUUUUCCGGCGCUCUUACAAGAGGAGCUCGGGCAGAUCAGUGGGCCGCUCACGCGGAACCUGAGAGUUUGUCUUGCUCUGGGCUACACGCCCAGAGCUUGGAGGCUGGCGAGGCCACCCUCUCAAUACCACUAUUCAUACCUAAAGUCGGAAGGACCUGUUGCACCUCUGCCAAGGAUUUCAGGCCGAUCAGCCUGACGUCAUUUAUUUUGAAGACGUUGGAGAAGCUGGUCGAGGUCUGUUUGAGGAAUAUUGUCCUCAUGCGGCAUCCGCUGCAUGAGAAUCAACAUGCCUACAGAAUAGGCUACUCUACGGAAACGGCGCUCCACUCUUUGGUUUCCCAAAUUGAGAGAGAUCUCAUGGAGGCUACACGGUGGGGACCUUUCUGGACAUAG